CCGGGCUGCCUCCCAUGCGUAAGCCAAGUGCCGCGUUCAAUGCCCACGGCGAAAUCGGCUCAAACACGUAAUUAAGAACGUGUAGUAAUUAGUCGGAUCCUGUGUUUUCCCAUGCAGAAGUGAUUGCUUUCGAUUACUGUUCGAUUUGAGAAAGGCAUUCCACCCUUGAUGCUUUCGCCCGAUGACGUGAAGGGCCUUUGCCUGGUGCCCCGCGGCACAGCAUAAUCGAAUCCGCUCAUUCAGAACAUUGCAGAUAAAAAUUUAAUAAACAAAUCUGGUAUGGUGCCUAAUUCUACAAGACAGAAGAUCAUCUGUCAAAAUGCAUUUCUAUCUGAACGUUUUGUAAAGUUGCACCUUUCUAAACAGAGCCCGGUUUCUUCACAGGCUGAUGUCUGGAACGCCAUCUGAUUGGUGGCGCUUGUUACCAUGGUCCUGUGUAAAACAGAAGUUGUGAUUUAUUUACAGAGGCCCUUGCUUGCUUGCCUUUCCCACGUUUUCCUGCUAUCCUAAACAGCGUCAGACUGUUGCUGGAGACGGUAGCGUUACUAAAUGGCUUUCUUCGGGAUAACGAAUUUGGGCUAUCAAAACCCCAUCGGAGACAAUAUGUUAGUGAGUCCAAGAUUGUCUGCUUCUCCCCGUGAUGAGGUGGAUUCAAGGAGCUGGGCUAAACAGUCAGGACUGCCCUCUAUCCAAGUCCAGAGGGGACCCCCAAAAUGCACUGAUACCGGCAGUAUCUACAACCAGCCUUCUCCCUUCAGCCCAGACAUACACCAAGGGAGCCAGGGGCGAUACAGAGAGAUGCUCAAACGGGUUCAGAUACCAAGAUCCCCGAAUCAGCUGUACUCAGUGCCCCUGACAGACAGCCAGCAGUGUGGAUGGUGGAUGUCUAAUGGAGGCCAAGGAAAGAUGCAUGAACCCUGGACCCAAGUCAGACGAUUCCCCCGCAAGAACAGUGAAAUGACCAAGUUUGUGAAAGAGAUGUCAAUGACGGACCGAGAGUUCAGCUUAUUCUGAUUUCCACUCCUGCAGUAACACACACAAUCCCAUCCAAAGACCUCUGGGACCUUUACACUGUAAGGACUAUUGUGGUUUAAUAAACUGAGACAUUUUCAUCAUAGCAUGUUAUUUAUUUUUGUGAGCUACUGUAUCAGGUUGUCAAUUGACCUCUGCCGUUCAACUGGUAAAAUUGAGCUGUUACCUCUCUCUAGAGGAAUACAAUUGUAAUGCGCUUGAGGAAAUAAGAGUAUUUUGUUUCAAUAAUUAGUUAUUGUCACUCAGUAAGGUCAUUCAUUCGACCUUGAGGAUAGUCAGUUACUAUCUCGGAUCAGAUACGAUAUUAUGACUGAAAAGUGUCUAGCCAAAUAUUUGAUACGGCAUGCUUGUAUAUUUAGUAAAGCUUGUAUUUUGCAUACUUUCAGUACAUUAACUAAAUCAACAAAAUGAUAAAUGUUU